AUGAAUCCCCGCCAUCGCCCUAAGCUGAGACCACUCGGCCUGUCCGCAUUGCUACUGCUCCUUCAGCCCACCACUGCUAUUCCAUACACGCCUUCAUCCCUCUUCAUCGCGCCUCAAUACAAUGACACACUUGCGUACCUUCUCCAGCCCAGCUCGACGGGCAAGACCGAAUUCCUGUCGCUGAACAUAUCCACCAGUGUCGACACCAGCAACCCCUCAUUUCAUACCUUGCUACCGGAAACACCGUUCCAAAGCUCCGAUCAGACCUCCGCCUUCAUCCCCGUCAUUGAUGAUCGCGGCGCGAUCUCUGUUUACACCGGCGAUUGUCACAAUACAUCCGACCAGCAUACACUAUGGCGCUUUCAGUCCGACAACACCAGCUCAACGGGCAAUGGGUCAUGGUCCCAGCUCUCGGUGAGCCUAGAAGAGGAGAAGACAAGGCCGUACCACCUGUCUGCCGGGUUUGCAUUUGCAUCAAGCAACACGACUGAAAGCUCGGUGUAUACCUUCGGAGGAAUGUGUCCAUUCGCGAACGCGACGGAUCAAACAUGGGUCUCUGCUGCGAACUAUUCCCAAUCGAUGGUUCAACUAGAUCCUUCCGCCAAGGACACCUCCAAAUACCUUGCCACUACGACUGGGCACCGCGCACCUCCUGUUCCCGAGGCCGGGAUGGUCAUUGUUCCCUUCCCGGCUACUUCGUCACUAGCCUCGACAGAAAAGCAGCAAGACUUCUUGUUUAUCGGCGGGCAUACUCGACAAGCCUUCCUUAACAUGUCGCAACUUGCGAUCUUCUCCGUACCACAGGAAAGCUGGAGUUUCGUGAAUGUUAACUCUCAAGCGAGAUCCAAGACGGAGCUAGCUCGAAGUCAGACCACUGUAGAGCCACGAUCGGGUCAUACUGCUGUGCUCUCUGACGACGGAAAGAAAAUCUAUGUGAUCGGAGGCUGGGUCGGUGAUACGUCCACCCCUGCUAGCCCCCAAUUUGCCGUCCUAGAGGUCGGAGAAGAAUAUGGUGGUGCGGGCGACUGGCGGUGGUCCAUCCCGUCAUCAUCCUCCGAAGCUGGAAUUACUGAGGGGACGGGACUCUAUGGUCACUCAGCAGCCAUGCUCUCCGGGGAUGUGUUGAUAAUUGCUGGCGGAUACACCAUUCCAAAGCAAUCCUCGAAGAGGUCUACUAUCUCUUCCCUGCGCAACUCCCAGGUCUACCUUUACAACACGACAUCGAGUAACUGGGUGAAAUCAUACACCAACCCCUUGGCUUCAUCCAGCGCCAACACACCGUCCAAGUCUCACAGCGGUGGACUUACUUCGGGCCAGAAAGCCGGGCUGGGAGUCGGCUUGGGUCUUGGUCUACCUGUCCUUAUCGCCAUUGUGAUAUAUGCUUGGAGGCGCCAUCAAAAGCGCCGGGUCAAAGGUCAGCGGGACUCGCAGCUCCGAGAAUUGGCUCUGGGUGCCGAGCGAGCUCACUUCUGGGGCCGUGAUGAUCCUUUCCAAGCAAGCAGCAUUCGCAGCUCACAGAUGAGUGAAAAGCAACCUUUGGAUCCCGCCUAUCCGUGGACCGAAAACCACAGUGUCACUACACGGAGUUCCUGGAACGAACAGGGUGAGGGCACCGCCGAGAGGACCGGAUUGCUUGGGGAUACGAGUCCGACCAAGAACAGUCGACCGUUUACUCCGCAACGGCCUUACAGACAUUCUGGAUACACAGAAUUCCGUCGCAGUGACACUACGAGUGAUAUCCAUCCUAUCGAUGAGCGUGAGGAGGAUGAGGCAGUUUUCCGGGAACGCCUUAUGGCGACUAUCCCUCCUGGAGGAAAGGCUGAAGUCGAAGCUGAAGACCCAUUCGCAGACCCGGAGACUCCAUUUGCUACUCCCCGGAGUACAAUCUUUGGCGUUGGCCUAGGCCCAUUCUACAGUCGUCGGAAAGACAUUGGAGAUCCAGGGCGAGUCUCUCCAACAAAGAGUGAUGACCGAACAUCCAGCAAUUUGUCAGAUGCUUCGUCCUUUUCAUUCGCAUCCAGCAGCAAGCCCAUUAGCCAGGUAUCAAAAGCGCGAGGAAUUCUCAUCGACCGACCGUUGAGCUGGGCCAGCAGUGGUGGUCAAUCUUUCGACCAACUAGACCCAACUCAUAGUCGUGAGACAACGCAAAGCGACAUCGACGGCGUGGCCGCACCGUCCGAGCAGUCCUUUUCGACAGACUCCUACUCAACUGCUCACACCACCUUCUCUCAACAUCGCGCAGAGAACGAGUCUCUCCUCUACGACGCAGACGCCAUGACCCACAUCGAAUCCUCAUCACCCUCAAAACUCCCACCCUCCUCAAAACCCAGACCUUCAGAAAGCAUCUUCUCAAGCGUCCGUCGUGCCCUUACCAUGUCCCGCCGCCCCACAAGCAGCGAAGCCGGAUUUGAGGCCGCCCCUCUAGCCUCGGGCAUCGACCGCCGCAGCACCGUCAUGAUACCAGGUGCCUUCCCUGGAGCCAGUGGCGCCAGCACACCCCGACGAGCCGUCAGCGCCUCCGCCGAACUCUCCCGACGUAAACAAGGCGCAAAGGACUGGAUCGCCAAGAAAAGAAUGUCAGACGGAGUCUUCCAAACACCCCGAUCCACCCGCGAUGACAUCUUCCUCAAUGCCCCGGGCUGGCUCGGCGACGAUGACACAUGCGAUGAAACCUGGGACGAAGACCACCGCGUGCAAACAACCUACGCCGCGCCUCGGGAGCGCCUCCGAGUCGUCAACGCCACAGACUUGGAUAACGUCUCCGAACGCAGUCUCAGUCGCUCGCUCAGCAAUGCCCCUAGUACUCGUCGCGUGAGUAACUAG